UACCUUCAGUUCCUGCUACUUCCUGAAGGGGGCAUUCUAGACAGGCAGUGGAGGAUACAUAGGGGUGUAAGGUGGCUUGAUGGGUUUAUAGGCUUCAGGAGAGGGCAGUGAGGAAGGAGACUGAGUACAGGCAAUGCUAGAGUUUUCCUGAGGAGAGGACGGUGUAGAAAAAGAAGUGGGUACUUUUGGAGGUGAUGCCAGCUGGGAAGAUGGUGGCUGGGAAGAUGGUGACUGCGAAGACAAUGAGAAAGCUUGGGGAGUUAAAGAAGAUGGUUGAGACGUGGGGGUAGGGGCUGGGAGGGGUGGACAGCAGUCUGCUGGAUCCAACAAGGAAAAAGAGGUAGGGUCGGGAGGAGAAAGGUUAUGAGGGCGGUGAGAAUGAAGGAUUUGAACAGGUAAGGAAGAAUUGCAGAAGUCAGGUUGUAAUCUGAGUGCAAAAAGGCCUGGAACAAGGAAUUUCUCCCCAUUUUUCCAGUCAUCGGCAAUAAUUGCUUUAGCCAGUUAAAAUUGUAAAGUCGAGUGUUUCAUUUGCUGGCCAUUUGGACCCGUUAUCUAAUUCAUACUGCGGCCAGGUUUUAUUGUAUAAAAAAGACAAGGCGCUUAGGGUGGGUAUCUUGCCUGAGGCCUAAGGUUUGCCGAUUUUUUAUGAGGCAGUCUGGAGGGCUGUUUUUUGGAAUGGAGGAUGGGGAGUUUUCCAUAUCAAAGGGUAGGCUCUGGAGAACAGGGAAAAAGAAGACUGUCCUGGACAGCUGGAGGAAGACAAUAAAAGGAGCUAUUAUCACCUCUGCCUUUUUGGUUCCUGGAACGGGAUCAAAUGGCUUAGAGGCGUCCCCCUAAGACCAGAUGAUCAGGGAGUGCCUGGCACAUACUGGAGCCUUCUUGGAUCAGUGUUGGAUUUUGGGACAGGAGAAACCAAGAGAGGUCAUGCAGAUUUUCCCCUGUUAACUGGGCUCCCAGGGAAACCUAACAGUAGGCGAGAUCAGUGACCAAUGUGCAUGUGAAGGAAGAGAAAGACCUUCUCAUAUUAUUUUAUAUUGUUUUUCACUCAGUACCUGUUUUAAGAAAAAACAACAAGGAAGUAAAACCAAAGACAGGCAGCCCAAACGCCAGGCCUGAAACUAUGCCUGGGCCUGCCUGGCCUAAACUUAGUAGUUAAAACUCAACUCAUAACUUAGAAACCAAUGUUAUUCGUAGAUUCCAGACAUGUAUAGAAGAACAUUGUGAAACUCCCUGCCCUGUUCUGUUUCUCUCUGACCACCAGUGCAUGCAGCCCCUGUCACAUACCCACUGCUUGCUCAAAUCAAUCACGACCCUUUCAUGUGAAAUCUUUAGUGUAGUGAGCCCUUAAAAAGGACAGAAAUUGUGCACUCGGGGAGCUCAGAUUUUAAGGCAGUAUCUUGCCGAUGCUCCCAGAUGAAUAAAGCCCUUCCUUCUACAACUCGAUGUCUGAGAGGUUUUGUCUGUGGCUCGUCCUGCUACAUUUCUUGGCUCCCUGACCCAGAAGCAAGGUGACCGAUGGAAGGCUGAGGCAGCCCCUUAGGUGGCUUAAGCCUGCCCUGUGGAGCAUCCCUGUGGGGGAGUCCGGCCAGCCUGAGUGACGAGAUCCAAAGAGCGCUCCUGGGUAGGAAAUUGCCCCAGUGGAACACCUCACCAGAUCAACACGUAGCAGGCCCCUGUGGAGGAUUAACACAGUGGCUGAACACUGGGAAGGAACCGGCACUUGGAGUCCGGACAUCUGGAACUUGAUAUAAGUAUGAGAAAUGACAGAAAGAAACAACAACUGGAAAAGAAGCAUUGCAUAAGACCAGGAUGUCUCUGAAAUGGAUGUCAGUCUUUCUACUGAUGCAGCUCAAUUGUUACUUUAGCUCUGGGAGUUGUGGAAAGGUGCUGGUGUGGCCCACAGAAUACAGCCAUUGGAUAAAUAUGAAGACAAUCCUGGAAGAGCUUGUUCAGAGGGGUCAUGAGGUGAUUGUGUUGACAUCUUCGGCUUCUAUUCUUGUCAAUGCCAGUAAAUCAUCUGCUAUUAAAUUAGAAGUUUAUCCUACAUCUUUAACUAAAAAUGAUUGGGAAGAUUUUUUUAUGAAAAUGUUCGAUAGAUGGAUAUAUAGUAUUUCAAAAAAUACAUUUUGGUCAUAUUUCUCACAACUACAAGAAUUGUGUUGGGAAUAUUCUGACUAUAAUAUAAAGCUCUGUGAGGAUGCAGUUUUGAACAAGAAACUUAUGAGAAAACUACAAGAGUCAAAAUUUGAUGUCCUUCUGGCAGAUGCCGUUAAUCCCUGUGGUGAGCUGCUGGCUGAGCUACUUAACAUACCCUUUCUGUACAGUCUUCGAUUCUCUGUUGGCUAUACAGUUGAGAAGAAUGGUGGAGGAUUUCUGUUCCCUCCUUCCUAUGUACCUGUUGUUAUGUCAGAAUUAAGUGAUCAAAUGAAUUUCAUGGAGAGGAUAAAAAAUAUGAUAUAUAUGCUUUAUUUUGACUUUUGGUUUCAAGCAUACGAUCUGAAGAGGUGGGACCAGUUUUAUAGUGAAGUUCUAGGAAGACCCACUACAUUAUUUGAGACAAUGGGGAAAGCUGAAAUGUGGCUCAUUCGAACCUAUUGGGAUUUUGAAUUUCCUCGCCCAUUCUUACCAAAUGUUGAUUUUGUUGGAGGACUUCACUGUAAAUCAGCCAAACCCUUGCCUAAGGAAAUGGAAGAGUUUGUGCAGAGCUCUGGAGAAAAUGGUAUUGUGGUGUUUUCUCUGGGGUCGAUGAUCAGUAACACGUCAGAAGAAAGUGCCAACAUGAUUGCAUCAGCCCUCGCCCAGAUCCCACAAAAGGUUCUAUGGAGAUUUGACGGCAAGAAGCCAAAUACUUUAGGUUCCAAUACUCGACUGUACAAGUGGUUACCCCAGAAUGACCUUCUUGGUCAUCCCAAAACCAAAGCUUUUAUAACUCAUGGUGGAACCAAUGGCAUCUAUGAGGCAAUCUACCAUGGGAUCCCUGUGGUGGGCAUUCCCUUGUUUGCAGAUCAACAUGAUAACAUUGCUCACAUGAAAGCCAAGGGAGCAGCCCUCAGUGUGGACAUCAGGACCAUGUCAAGUAGAGAUUUGCUCAAUGCAUUGAAGUCAGUCAUCAAUGACCCUAUCUAUAAAGAGAAUGUCAUGAAAUUAUCAAGAAUUCAUCAUGAUCAACCAGUGAAGCCCCUGGAUCGAGCAGUCUUCUGGAUUGAGUUUGUCAUGUGCCAUAAAGGAGCCAAGCACCUUCGGGUCGCAGCCCACGACCUCACCUGGAUCCAGUACCACUCUUUGGAUGUGAUAGCAUUCCUGCUGGCCUGCGUGGCAACUAUGAUAUUUAUGAUCACAAAAUGUUGCCUGUUUUGUUUCCGAAAGCUUGCCAAAACAGGAAAGAAGAAGAAAGGGGAUUAGUUAUAUCAAAAGCCUGAAGUGGAAUGACCGAAAGAUGGGACUCCUCCUUUAUUCCAGCAUGGAGGGUUUUAAAUGGAGGAUUUCCUUUUUCCUGCGACAAAACAUCUUUUCACAACUUACCCUGUUAAGUCAAAAUUUAUUUUCCAGGAAUUUAAUAUGUACUUUAGUUGGAAUUAUUCUAUGUCAAUGAUUUUUAAGCUAUGAAAAAUAAUAAUAUAAAACCUUAUGGGCUUAUAUUGAAAUUUAUUAUUCUAAUCCAAAAGUUACCCCACACAAAAGUUACUGAGCUUCCUUAUGUUUCACACAUUGUAUUUGAACACAAAACAUUAACUACUCCACUCAUAGUAUCAACAUUGUUUUGCAAAUACUCAGAAUAUUUUGGCUUCAUUUUGAGCAGAAUUUUUGUUUUUAAUUUUGCCAAUGAAAUCUUCAAUAAUUAAAUUAUGUAAAAAGUC